AUUAGGUUUAAACACCUGGCUACGGGGCACUAUCUAGCUGCUGAUGUAGACGAAGAUCCUACUUCAGACAAUAUGAGAGACAAACUCAGAGAUUCCUUUGGUUCUGUUUAUCAUCUUGUAUCUGUUCCUUAUUCUCAUGAUCUUGCUUCCUUGUUUGAACUAGAUCCUACAACACUAACCAGCAGAGGAGAUUCACUUGUUCCACAGAAUUCUUACGUCCGACUUCGUCACUUGGUUACUUCAAGUUGGGUUCAUUCCACUUCUAUACCCAUAGGUUUAAAGGUCCGCGACCUGGAUUUCGCGAAUGAUGCUUGCAAGGUUCUUGAGAAUGUUUCCUCUCAGCUUGAAAAAGGGAUUAUUUCCCAAAAUGAAAGGAGAACUCUCACCACCCUUCUUCAAGAUUUGAUUGUUUUUACAUACUUUUCAGAAAUAAGGUAUUUCAACUUUUUAUAUUUAGAGGUUGAACCGUCUUGUAUAAACAGCUCCGUACUGAGGGACAGACAAAAGCUGCUCAGGGAGCAGUAUAUUCUGAAGCAGCUCUUUAGGAUACUACAGGCCCCAUUCCUCGAGUCAAAGAACGGAGACGGUCCGUUGCUAAGAAUAGAUGAACUAUCAGAUCCCCGGCAUGCUCCCUACAAACAUAUAUUCAGGCUCUGCUAUAGAAUCCUCCGUCUUUCUCAAAAGGACUACAGGAAGAACCAGGAGUAUAUUGCUAAACAUUUUGGAUUUAUGCAAAAGCAGAUUGGCUACGAUAUCUUGGCCGAGGACACCAUGACCGCUCUACUACAUAACAAUAGGAAGCUGUUAGAGAAACAUAUCAAGGCUGAUGAGAUAGAGACAUUUGUUCGGUUGGUUCAGAAAAAUAUGAAAACUUGGGAUUCAAGAUUCCUUGAUUAUCUUUCUGAUCUUUGCAUUUCAAACAAUGUCGCCAUUCCGGUCACCCAGGAACUGAUUUGUAAGAGUGUUCUCAGCGAAUCUAACUCAAAUAUUCUGAUUCAAACUCGUUUAAGUAAGGGGGUUGCUCAGAUUCAGGAGGAAGGAGAUCUACAGGAGGUUGUGACAAGUGGUUGUGAAGAUGUCCUUCUAUCCUGGGAGGAUGGAUACCAAAGAUCUCUACCUGACCUCGCCAGAGCGGCUAGAGCCGGUAAUACGGAGGCAUCCCUCAUUCUGGAAUAUUACAGACAUCAGCUGGACUUGUUUUCGAACAUGUGCUUAGAUCGUCAAUACCUGGCGAUCAAUAAACUGUCAGAACAUCUCGAUCAUCAUCUCAUCCUGAAAUGCAUGGAAAAUGACCAGCUCCCGUUCUACCUUCGCGCAUCAUUUUGCCGGCUUAUGCUCCACAUGCACGUUGAUAGGGAUCCUCAGGAGGAGGUUAAGCCUGUUCAGUACGCCAGACUUUGGUCCGAUAUUCCAUUGCGGUUGUCAAUAGUGGACUAUGACAGUGGGAAUGGUCAAGAUCAUUCCAGAGAGGACGUUAGACUUAGGUUCAGCCCAACCAUGAGCUUUGUGGAGGAAUACCUGAGGAAUGUGGUGGAGAAGAUGUGGGCCUUCAGCGACGUCGAGCAGAACAAACUCACGUUCGAGGUUGUAAAGCUGGCUAGACAUCUCAUCUAUUUCGGGUUCUACAGUUUCUCAGAUCUUCUGCGGAUUACAAGAACAUUGCUCAGUAUUCUGGACUGUACUGCAGUUACCAGCUUCAACAACGGGAAGAUCCCGCUAGGGUCGCAAUCACUGGCAGGUGAAGUUAGCAGUGAGGGAGGGGCUAUCAGGUCUCUGAGUGAGAUGGGAGUAAUGUUGACUAUGUUAACUACAGGGAUGAGACCUGGAACUGGAAUUGUCCCCCCACAGCCAGAUGGUGCAAACGCAGUGAACCAGAAGACUGAUGUCCUAGUUAUGGAAACAAAGCUCAAAAUCAUAGAAAUCCUCCAGUUUAUUCUAGAUGUUAGGCUAGAUUAUAGGAUAACGAGCUUACUGUCGAUCUUCAAGAGGGAAUUCGAUCAAUCCGAGAAGGAUGACGGGAUUGUACGAGGAAUGCGCGGCAUUGAUCUUGAACAUAUUGGUAGAGAAGCAGAGGGGAUUUUUGGAGGGGAGGGAGAGAGUGGUGUUCUAGAUCUAGAUCGGACCGGAGGAAAAAUAUUUUUAAGGGUUCUCCUUCACCUGGUGAUGCAUGAUUAUCCACGAUUAGUGUCAGGAGCGCUCAAUCUACUUUUUCGACAUUUUUCCCAGAGACAAGAGGUUCUCCGAUCAUUUAGAGAGGUUCAACUUCUGGUUUCGGAUGAUGACGUCAAGAGCUAUAAACAGAUCAAAGAUGAUUUAGAUGAUUUGCGGCUACUGGUUGAGAAAUCUGAACUCUGGGUGUACAAAGAGCUCAAGCUAGAUGAUAAGAAGGAGGAUGAAGUGACAAGGAAGGUUGGAUUUACUAAAUCAAGAUCAAUGUCGAAAAGGGGAAUCAAACUCCUAAUUAGACAAUCCAGUGUUCUCAGCAAUGCUAGUAGCAAUGAUGGGAAUGACGAGGAUGAGGAAGGGGGAAAAGAAGGUAUUCCUCUGAAAGAUCAAAGAACCACAAGGCGACAACCGGAGAAGCAUGGUUCAGCCAUAGACCUAGAUAUAGGACCUCCGCUAGAUCCUAACCAGGCCAGAAACUAUAAAACAAUUCAACAAAUUCUCUACAGGAUGAACAGAUUAUGUGUUCGACCGGUUACUGGAGGAGAAUUAAAACCAAAGAGACAUGAACAAAGAUUACUCAGGAAUAUGGGUGUUCAUAAGGUGGUUCUUGACCUUCUACAGAUACCGUUUGAUCAUAAGGAAGAUGUCAGGAUGAAUGAGUUGAUGAGGCUGGCUCAUGAGUUUCUUCAGAACUUCUGUCUGGGAAAUCAAUCAAAUCAGGUGCUGCUGCAUAAGAGCUCUGACUUGUUCCUUAACCCUGGACAUCUGGACGCCAAGACCAUGUGCGCAAUAUUUCAGGACAACGCUGUGCUGUGUAAUGAAGUGAAUGAGAAUAUCGUCCAACAUUUUGUUCACUGUAUAGACUCCUUUGGGAAACAUGUUCAGUACCUGAGAUUCCUGCAGACAAUUGUACACACAGAGAACCAGUUUAUACGACGCUGUCAGGAUCUAGUUAUGCAGGAAUUGAUAAAUGCCGGGGAAGAUGUUCUCAUUUUCUACAAUGACAAGGCGAGCUUUAACCACUUCCUUGAGCUGAUGAGAAGUGAGAGGAAUAGGAUGGAUAACACUAGUUUACUCUGCUACCAUAUUGAACUGGUUAGGUUGUUAGCUUGCUGUACCAUGGGGAAGAAUGUGUACACUGAGAUUAAAUGCCAUAGUCUGCUCCCCCUUGAUGAUAUUGUUACAAUGGUGUGCCACAAGGACACAAUACCUGAGGUGAAGGAUGCUUAUGUGAACUUUCUGACCCAUUGUUAUAUUGAUACUGAGGUUGAGAUGAAGGAAAUAUAUACUUCACACCACAUGUGGCAGCUUUUUGAAAGGUCCUUUCUACUCGACAUGGCCAUUGUUUCCAAUGCUACCCAUGACAGGAAACAUGCAGACACAGCCCUAGAAACCUAUGUUACCAUCACUUUAACAGAAAUUAUUACCACAUUCUUCAAGUCUCCGUACUCGGACCAGUCCACAACAGUUCAGACCAGACAGAGCGUGUUCGUUCAACUUCUUGGUGCGGCAUUCAGGGUAUCCCAGUGUUCAUGGUUAGGUACAGAUCAACGGAUUGCUGUAGAGAACUGCAUUAAAACAUUAGCUGAUGUUGCAAAAGCAAGGGUUAUUGCUAUUCCCUCGGAUCUAGAUAUUCAAGUUGCCACAAUGUUCACCAAAGCUCAGAUUAUCUCUAGACAAACCACCAGUAAAUGGUUACAGGCGACAAGAACUCCUAAAAGAGAGAUGACAUCUACUGCUCUACAUAUAAGGAUGAACAGAACUGUUAUAGAAGGAUUGCAUGAUAUUGUGUCAGUGCUAGAGGAUCAUCUGAAACCCUUAGUGCAGGCUGAGGUGUCUGUACUGGUAGAUGUACUCUAUAGACCUGAACUUCUCUUCCCUACAGGUCCUGAUCCCCGUCGUAAAUGUGAGAACGGUGGAUUUAUUCGUCGUCUUAUCAAUCAUACAGCAGCUCUUCUAGAGGACAAGCAGGACCGUCUUUGCGUCCAGAUCCUGCAGACCUUGAAGGACAUGAUGUCCUCAGACUCGGAAUACGGGGACAAAGGGGACCUACUCAGAACCUCUCUUUUGAAUCGAUACUUUGGAAAGAUACCUCUUCCUCCAAUGCAAUGUAACAACAACCUUCAUUUGCCCGCCAGUUUUAGUCACGGUCCUGGAAGUAAGAAGCUGUUGAGAGCGCAGAUGAAUCUUCAUCAAGUUCAGUGUCAUCUUGAUAACCAGGGUUCAAGUUCUCUGAUAGUGGAUUUAGUAAUAAAAUCUGGAAAAUCUACGUCCAGCCCUAGAAUAUUUACAGAAGUUGUAGAAUUUGGAAUUGCGCUACUAGAAGGAGGAAACAUGGAUAUUCAAAAAUCUCUCUACACAAAACUUCGCUCAGGAGAUACCAGUCAGGCGUUCUUUAAGGUCUUCUUUGAUAAAAUAAAGGAGGCUCAGCAAGAAAUCAAGAGCUCUGUGACGGUCAACACGUCAGAUAUGACCAGUAGGGAGGAGGUCAAAGACGGCACAAAGGAGAUUGAGAAGGCGAAGAGGAAAAGGCGGUUGAUGAACGGUCAUGUUGUUCUGACAGAGGAGGGUCGGGAGGAGAUGGACCAGGCAGCAAUAAGCACUCAGUCAGCAUUUUCUGCAAUCCGGGGAGGAGAUGGUAGAGCUCUUCCUCCCCUUACACCAGGACUAGAAGAUCUACUAGCAGAGAAGGUUGAGAGAAGUAGAGAGAAGGAUGAGGAGAAUCAGCUGUCUACUAAGGUUGUUGUAAUGCAACCUAUUCUAAGGUUUCUGCAGCUGUUGUGUGAAAACCACAAUAAGUUCCUUCAAAACCUUCUCCGAGAUCAGAAUAAUAAAACUAAAUACAAUCUAGUUUCAGAAACCCUCAUACUACUAGACUGUAUUUGUGGAAGUACAACUGGCGGACUUGGACUUUUAGGAUUAUAUAUUAACGAGAAUAAUGUUGGAAUAAUUAAUCAAAUUAUGGAAACAUUGACAGAGUACUGCCAGGGACCUUGUUAUGAAAAUCAGGCUUGUAUCGCGACCCAUGAAUCUAAUGGUCUGGGAAUAAUAACAGCUCUGAUCUUGAAUGACAUAAACCCUCUUGGUAAAACAAGAAUGGAUCUUGUUCUUGAACUCAAGAACAACGCUUCUAAGCUUCUUCUUGCCAUCAUGGAAUCCAGAACUAUAUGUGAUACUGAAAACGUAGCCGAGAAAAUCCUCUACAAUAUGAAUCCCAAGCAGUUGAUAGAAGUCGCUUGCAAAGCUUAUCAUCAAGAUAGUUUGGAUGAGGAUGAAGAUGAUCCUGGGGAUCCUGAGAAUGGAGUUUCACCAAAGGUUGUUGGUCAUAACAUCUACAUACUUUGUCAUCAGCUAGCAUUGUAUAAUAAGGAGAUAUCUGCCCUACUCCAGCCAACGCAAGAUAUGAUGGAUAUGAAGAUGGUUGAAGCUCUAGGGUUCUAUUCCACCCACACUGCCCAAAUAGAAGUCGUCAGAUAUGAUCGUAGUUUAGAACAAAUAGUUUUCCCGAUACCAGAGAUCUGUGAAUACCUCACGCCUGAAACUCAAAAGAAAGUGUACAUGCAGGCAAGACGGGAUGAUCAAGGUUCUAAGGUCUCAGAUUUCUUCGCAAAAUCCGAGAAUAUGUUUAUUGAGAUGAACUGGCAAAAGAAACUUAGGAAAAUAUAUUAUUUUAUAGUGCUAUCCUUCUAUCCAUUUACAGGUGCUGUGUCCUUGCCUGGGCCUUAUGUAAGUGGACUUAUUUGGGCCUUCCUCCUCCUAUCUGCGGCUGUACUUGUAACAAUUCCUUCAAAGAUCUCUGUGAUGAGCUUGGUGGUUGCUUGUCUACUAAGAAUGGUUGUAUCAUUAGGACCAGAGUUCUCUCUCUCAUUCCUUGGUUUACUUCUAGUCCUACUCAAGGGUAUUCAUCUGAUCAGUAUCAUGGGGAAUAUGGGAACAUUUAAUAAAUCCCUAUCUCAGAUACUGGGUGAGUAUGAACUAAUGUAUGAUAUAUUCCUCUUAAUUCUCUCCAUAGUUGGUCUAACGAUGCACCCAUUCUUCUACUCAGCAUUGUUGUUUGAUGUUGUCAAGAGAGAGGAAACUUUACAGAACGUGAUAAAUUCAGUGACCAGGAAUAUCCGGUCUAUUCUGCUGACCUUCCUGUUUGCGGUCAUCCUAGUCUAUAUCUUCUCUAUCUUUGGAUACGUUCUAUUCCAAGAUGAUUUUCUGUUGGAUACAACCCCCAUUAGUUCAAUUACCCCAGCUGUCAGAUGUUCUGACAGCUGUCCUGCAGACAGACUAGAUGACAGUUGCUGUGAUAGUUCUUCAGGCCUGCUGUCUGGUAUUAUUGAAGAACCGGAAACUGUAAAAGAAAGGUCCUGUGAUACAUUGAAGAUGUGCUUCUUGUCCAUCUUGAACCAGGGGCUGAGAAACGGAGGAGGGAUAGGGGACGUGAUGAGACCCCCCUCCAAUACAGAGCCCCUGUAUCUGGUCAGAGUAAUGUAUGACAUGGUGUUCUAUUUCCUUGUCAUCAUUAUUGUUCUCAAUCUCAUCUUUGGUGUCAUCAUCGAUACUUUUGCAGAUCUCAGAUCGGAGAAACAAAACUCAGAGGAAAUUAUUAAAAACACAUGUUUUAUCUGUGGGUUGGAGAGGAAGGCAUUUGAUAACAGAAAUGUAACUUUUGAAGAACACAUCAGAACAGAACAUAAUAUGUGGCAUUAUCUUUACUUCAUCGUACUUAUUAGGGUAAAAGAUCCAACAGAGUUUACUGGUCCUGAGAGUUAUGUACAUCAGAUGGUCAAGGACCGAUGUUUGGAUUGGUUCCCUCGCUUGCGCGCCAUUUCCCUUGCUGUUGAGGAGGUGGAGGGUGAACAGAAUGAAUUACGAACACUGCAAGCACAGUUGGAGGCGACACAGAGUAUUAUGAAUAACUUAUCAGUUCAACUUUCAAACCUCAGAGAUCAAAUGACGGAACAGAGAAAACUUAAACAACGAAUGGGUUUGCUUCAAUCAGGACCAAGCUAUGCUAAUCUGGGAGACCGGCAUUGAAGUAUUUUAAGAGAUUUUACA